AUGGCUCCUCAAAACUCUUCAACUAUGGCAGAAAAUACUCGACUUGUUCAUUCAAUCUCAGACGCCCAAGCUUCGAUCCUGGAUUUGGUAUUGUUCCCAGGCUUCACCCGUAUGUCUACUGCUAUCCAGGGGUAUCUCACUAUCGACUUGAGCGUCUAUGUUCCUCUGAUGUGUUUCUUUGGGCUGGUUGUGUUCGUUUGCAGACGUAUCUGGGAGCGUUUGUUGGGAUGGCUCGAGACUCAUUUUACUUCAACUAUUCAUGUGCGAUAUCGCGAAGAGGACGUUCGUUCCUCCCUCGCAACCACCGAUUUGGCCUCUGCAUCGACACAGCUUAGGCGUUCAAAUGACGAAGAUACGAAGCGAAAGACUAUAUUCUACACACCCUGGAAUGGACGCUUUUUCAUUCAGUAUCAUGGCCAUCUGAUUGUGUUCCGGCGUGAACAUCGGGCUGGAGAAUUCAAUAGUCGAGAAGAGGUCUCCCUUUCCUGCUUUAGCAGAUCCCUACGAAUUCUUAGGCAACUGCUUACUGAGUGUUGCGUCGAGUAUUCAAAGCUGAUUCAGGGCAAAACCUCUCUGUAUGAGCACCAAAAUGGCACCUGGGCGAGGUCCAUGGUGUCGGAUGUAAGCCAUAUCUCGACAGUUGCUCUCAACGAGAGUGUGAAAAAGGAGUUACUCAAAGAUAUCGGGAACUUCCUCAACCAAACAGCUCGACGAUGGUAUUCCAACCGCGGUUUUCCCUAUCGCAGGGGUUACCUGCUGUAUAGGCCCCCUGGGACUGGAAAAUCGAGUUUGAGCUUAUCCAUCGCUGGAUAUUUUGGUUUGGAUAUCUACAUCCUCAGCCUUUCUGCUAUUAAUGAAGACUGCUUCCGGGAACUAUUCGCCAAACUUCUAAGUCGUUGCGUUAUUCUCGUAGAAGAUAUUGACGCCGUUAGUUCGAAGCGAUCCGGAGACGCUGAAACAAAUGACUCACGGCCUGGCUCUCUUUCUCAACAGAGCAAAUCUGUCUCUGGAAAGGUGUUUCUAUCUGCUCUCUUGAACGUUAUUGAUAGUGUCGGAUCACAAGAAGGCUGGGUCUUGAUUAUGACUACUAAUCACAUCACAUACCUCGAUGAAGCGUUUAUACGACCUGGCCGCGUGGACAAGAAGGUCGAGCUCGGGCUCGCUGACAAGAAAAUGACGGCUAACCUCUUCUGUCUCGUCUUCAAACCCGUAGUAGGCGACGUCGCUCUUCCGGACGCUCAAUCAGGAGAGGAUAAAAAGGUCUAUGAAGCUGUAGUGAGUCAAAGGGAAGAGGCUGAGAGAGUUGAGAGGGCGGCAAAAGAGUUCGCUACUAGAGUGCCGGAGCUGAAAUUUUCUCGUUUCUUCUGGAAAACAGGAAAUUACCAGGGGAAGUAA